CCUCGUACGGUCAACGAAAAGAAACAAAACCUCAAUGAAGCUUGUCGAAACAACCGGAAGAUUAAAAAAACUGGCGCCCAAGCGAACCAAAAAAAAGGCGCCGUCGCCCGACCCACAAGGGAUUUUCGCCGGUAUGACGGUUUUAUUACUCGAAAACGGCGUGCAGUCUCUUCGUUUACAGAUUUGGAAGCAAAAGCUGGUACAAAUGGGAGCUAAGAUCGAGACUCAGUUGUCGGAUAAAGUGACUCAUGUUUUUGCUAUCAGUUCAGAUGCUCUUUUGCACCGCAAUGAGGACCAAUUGGCUCGCUUCAAAGGGCAUGUCCUGUUGUGUCAGUGGUUGGAGGACAGCUUGGCAGCUGGUGAAAAGGUUUCUGAGGAUUUCUAUACCCUGAAAGUGGAUCCGGCAGGACUAGAUGUACCUGACAAGAGUCAAAAACCUAAACUAGCCAACAGAAAUUCUAGCGACUAUGAUGAACAGUUACAUUGCAAAAGGAUCAAAUCCUCACCUGAGGAGAUAAAGCAAACUAACGAAGAAAGGAAAGUAGAUAUAGAAACUAACUCUGCAUCAGCAACAUCAGAUACUGAGCCUCACUCUCCCAGCUCUGUACCUAGCAGUCCUGAAAACCUCAGUACUCAAGAUAAGGAUGUUGGCACACCUACACCUUUGCAGCACAGUCCUCCAGAUUUUAACAAAGACAUCACAGAUAUAUUUGGGAAACUUGUGAACAUAUAUAGAGCAUUGGGUGAUGACCGCAGAUCAUUUAGCUACUACAAGGCUAUUUCAGUUGUUGAGAAGCUGCCCUUUAAAAUUGAAAGUGCAGAUCAGGUAAAAGGUCUGCCUGGAAUUGGAAAGUCAAUGCAAGAUCAUAUUCAGGAGAUAGUGACUACUGGAAAGUUAUCCAAAUUGGAGCAUUUUGAAACUGAUGAGAAGGUAAGAACAAUAAGUUUAUUUGGCGAAGUUUGGGGAGUUGGCCCAGCUACAGCCCUAAAAUUAUACGAGAAAGGACACCGCACAUUAAAUGACUUGAAGAACGAAGAUUCUUUAACAAAUGCUCAAGUGAUAGGGUUGAAAUAUUUUGAUGAUAUUAAGACAAGGAUCCCUCGGCAUGAGGCUCAACACAUGGAAUCUCUUUUACAGAAAGUUGCAGAUGGUAUUGUACCUGGGAUAGUUGUUGUAUGUGGGGGAUCUUAUAGACGUGGAAAAGCUUCCUGUGGAGACUUGGACAUUGUAAUUACACAUCCUGAUGGAAAAAGCCAUAAAGGUUUUCUGCAAAAAUAUGUCAAGCAUUUAAAAGAGAUGAAGUUUCUAAGGGAAGAUUUGAUUUUUAGCACCCAUAGUGAGGAGGGUACUGAUUCAGGUGUUGACACUUAUUUUGGUCUUUGCACUUAUCCUGGACGAGAGCUUAGGCAUCGCAUAGACUUAAAGGUAUAUCCAAGGGACAUAUAUGCAUUUGGACUAAUAGCAUGGACUGGGAAUGAUGUGCUAAAUAGAAGGUUGAGACUGCUAGCAGAAUCUAAAGGAUGCCGACUUGAUGAUACAGGGCUGUUUCCAGCUACUCAUGGUUCAGGCGGUAAACGGGGUUCAAGAGGUACCGCAAGUUUGAAAUUGGAAACGGAAAAAGAGGUGUUCGAUUUUCUGGGAUUUCCAUGGCUUGAGCCGCAUGAAAGGAAUCUGUGAAACAACAUAGUUGCAUGAAUUUGCUAUGCAGGUACAUUCCACAAAGCAUUUCAUCCAUAGGAGCCUAGAAACUCGAAUGUUGCACUAAUUUUGUCAUUUAAAAUGAUAAGGGGUGUUUUUUUUAUU